GGAAUCAGCUAAUCCCCGCCCCCGACUCUGCCAAAUUUGAAUAAAAUAGACUACAAAUCCCAGCAUGCCACUCGAGUAUUCCCCCACCCCCCCCACCCCGCGGAUUUGGAAGCCCGUAUAUUGUCAGCUAAAAGUGGCUCUUUGAAGUCAGCCUGUGUAAUUCUGAGCGUAGGAAUGGUCUUCGUAAAGAGAUUUUCACUGGGGCCGAAACGGAUUUAAUGCAAAGAAAAUUUAAGUUAUUACGAGCAGAAAGAAGUUGGGCGUGCUUUUGACGCCGGGCCUUCCGGGACUUGUGCUUUCCAGUUUCCUUCCGAUCCAAGGGUGAGCCACUGAUCAGAGGUGCCUGUCAAGAUGGAAGUGAAUCCUCCGAAACAGGAGCACCUGCUGGCUCUAAAAGUGAUGCGAUUAACUAAGCCUACUUUGUUCACCAACAUUCCUGUAACAUGCGAAGAGAAAGACUUGCCUGCUGCUUAUCGACAGGUGACUUUAUCUGAGGAAGGGUGCAGUAAUCAAGAUUCACCUUUAACUUGGGCCACACCUUCUGCUGGAAGUCUGUGUAAGGACUUAGAAGAAGGAAAUAUUUGCUCUUUGACUGCUUGCCCUCGCCUUGCCAGCAAGUCCAUUCCUUCACUGGCGGAUCUUCAGACAAGUUCUCAGCGUUUAAACCUUUCAGCCUCCAAUGCUGCCGUGGCUGAGCUUAAACCCGAUUGUUGUAUUGAUGAUGUCAUACACCAUGAAGUCAAGGAAAUUGGAACACACAUCUUGGUGUGUGCUGUGAGUUAUACAACUCAGGGUGGAGAAAAAAUGUACUUCAGAAAAUUCUUCAAAUUUCAGGUCCUCAAACCGUUGGAUGUGAAAACCAAAUUUUACAAUGCAGAGAGUGACCUCAGUUCUGUGACUGAUGAAGUCUUUCUCGAAGCUCAAAUUCAGAACAUUACAACCUCACCCAUGUUUAUGGAGAAAGUUUCACUGGAGCCGUCAAUAAUGUACAAUGUAACAGAAUUAAAUUCGGUGACCCAAGCCGGGGAAUGUGUAUCUACAUUUGGAUCCAGAGGAUAUUUGCAGCCAAUGGAUACACGCCAGUACUUAUACUGCCUAAAGCCCAAGAAGGAAUUUGCAGAAAAAGCUGGCAUCAUUAAAGGCGUAACAGUCAUUGGAAAAUUGGACAUAGUGUGGAAAACAAACCUAGGUGAAAGGGGACGGUUACAGACCAGCCAGCUUCAAAGAAUGGCUCCAGGUUAUGGAGAUGUUAGGCUAUCUUUAGAGGCCAUCCCAGAUACCGUGAACCUAGAAGAACCUUUCCAUAUUACCUGUAAAAUCACAAACUGCAGCAGUGAGAGGACGAUGGACCUGGUCCUGGAAAUGUGCAAUACUAAUUCUAUCCACUGGUGCGGGAUUUCGGGAAGACAGCUAGGAAAGCUGCAUCCAAGCUCCUCACUCUGCCUGGCCCUGACUCUCCUGUCUUCAGUACAGGGGCUCCAGAGUGUCUCUGGCCUAAGACUCACUGACACAUUCUUAAAGAGAACAUACGAAUACGACGACAUUGCGCAAGUCUGUGUGGUCUCGUCAGCCAUGGAAGUGGAAGCCUAAGGAAAAUUCCUAAUGUUAAAUUUCUUGUUUAAUUACAGAACUGUUCCCUGUAUUUUGUCAGCUUUGUGAAAUGAUGAAUAGCAAAAAUAAGUAUAUGUUAUUUAAAUUUGUUUUCUGUAAAACAGUUAAAUAGUAAAUAUUUGUUGUAGAAGCAGUGGUUUUAUCUUGUGAGUUGUACUCCAUAUGAACAGAAUGUUUCAGUGUUUUCUACACAUAUUUCACCCUUUAAGAUAACUGUCGGCUUUUGUUUGUAACAAGCUCAAUUCUUGAA